AUGAGACCUGCCCAGCCCUGCUGGAAGCUCAAGCGCGCCGUCGACGCCAUCAACAAGCAUGCCGCCGACACUCUGCCGCCGCACGAUGGGGUCCAGGAGCGAGCGGCGGCGACGCCGACCGAUCUUGACCUCUUUGCCGCCUCCGCCUACGACCACCUCGUCCACCUCGCCGCCAACGCCUCGCCCGACCCCGACGCCUUUUACGAGCAGCACCGCCUCCACAGCGCCAGGCGCGACGACAACCAGCUCCGCUGCGCGGGCGACGGCGCGGCCUGCUGGGCGCGCGGCGCCGAGCAGUCCGGCGAAGUCGAGAAGCGGUGGUGCAUGAGGCCGGCGCAGCCAUGCUGGAAGACCAGGCGCGCGGCCGAGUCGAUUCUGAAUGCUGGGCAGGAGGACGACGACGGCGCAUCGGAGGAGUGCGGCGCUGACGACGGCGAAAACUUUGAAACACUCAACAACGACAAACUCGCGCUCUCGACCGAGUUUCCCCUGUACAAAAAUCUGGCAGCUUUCGGUCUCUGGCCCAGGAUGGUCGCUUUCUUCUUCAAUGUGUUCCUCAACACUUUUUGUUUGUAUAUUUUUGCCUACGAUGGCGGGACAUGGGUCACAGCGACAUGCCCGUUCUUUUUAUCUUUGUAA